AUGGCGUCUGGAGGAGUAGAAGCAAAAGUAUAUGUAGUUUCGGCCUCGCAAGAAAGGAAAACAGACAAAAGAGAAUAUCGGUUGACCGUAGUAUUCGACAACACGACUAAGGAGAUGAAGCAAAUGACAUUCCCUCUAAAAUUUAAAGAUCAUCUCCUGACGGGGAAAUUUUACCUGAUUAAGGCUGUCAGCAUAGGCGACACUAUUCGCCUAUACGAAACUUCCCGGGUAUUCGAGUGUGGAAAAUUUCCACUUGAAAUGGAUAAAAUUAAGAAGUACCUAAACCCUCCUGAACUUUCAGUAGAACAAGUGUUGGAAUCUCCACAAAAGUCAACAGUCAGUGUGAAAGGAAUCCUCCGUAAUUACACAGACAUACUUACAUCACCUAACAGUCAGAGAAGGGAAAUUACAUUGGAGUCCUUGCAGGGUGCAAGAAAAGUUGUCUGCAAGCUCUGGGGGGAAUGCGCAAAGUAUGAAAUGCCUCCAGUGGACACAAUAAUAUCGGCAACAAAUGUUCAAGUGGAUCAGUGGAGAGGAGAAAUCUGUCUUAAUUCCAGUGUGUUAACACGUUUGAAGGAAACUCAAGAAGAAGGCAAGUUCCAAGGAGAAGUUGAAGCGUUGGAGGUUUCUGAAAACUACAGUUACAUCAUAGUGAAUGGGAUGACACUCAAGAUCCGUACAGAUAUGAUACAGACCAUCUUUGAAGGUUUGACCUUCAAAGAGAACAUCAGUGUGAAAGGAUCUGUGAAAGGCACCACUGUAGUGGAUAUCCAGCGCUUCAAUCCUGCCAAAAAGACAAAGAAAGAAUAG